UGGUUUCCUUAAAACAUGAUGCUGAUGUACGCGAGAUUGCUUUUGGUCAUAUCAAUAGCACCUCUUGCUGUCGUAUCAUGGACUGUAAAUUCAUCUUCUCGUCGGCAAGCUGUACAUGAAGGAGUUGCCUGGAUCGGCAAGGCGACUACGGGUUUGCUCGUCGUGUCUGGUAUUCCAUCCCAGGCGCAAGCCGCCCGAGGAGCCGCUGAACUUGACUUCGAAUAUUACAUUCGAUCCGCCGUAAGUGGAAACAAGAGAGAAGGUAACGUGUUGCCUUCGCUGUCGCCGACUCCUCCACUGCCACGGACAUUGAAAGAGCCCUUACUAUCGCUGUUGCUCAACGACGAUUGCUCGGCGUCGUGUGUGCCAAUCGCCACGCUCGUGCAAACUAUUCUUCAGUCGCGAUCCAAUACACAAGACUCGAAUGAAAUAGAAAGAAAUAUACAGCAACGGCUGAGGGCAUAUCGUGAAAAGGCUCGCAAAAGCUUUUAUGCCAAAGCUCCCUGGGAGAACGCUCUAGUAUCCGAUCAAUACUACUUUGAUUUAACUUCCUACGCAUUGUGGCGCACCGCGGCGGAUCUGUUGCCCAACUUUGUUGACCGCGAUAGAUUUAUUCGAGGGAUUGGCCGUGAUUUGCUGAAUAACAUGCAGGAGAAGGGUUUACUUCCCAACAAAAGUACCGCUAUACGUGGUAGCGCAACGGCAACAAUUCCUUCGAUGCAAGCAGUUUUACAGACAUUUACCAGUUCUGGAUUCUGCCGAGACUACCGAAUAGGUGAAGCACCAGUGUUAGACAAAAAGGGUAAAAUCGCUGCCGAUGCUCCUCCGGUUAUUUUAUUUGACGACUUGGAUGAUGACGCCCUGACUUCGGGGGCAUCGAUUGAUUGUCUCGUCAGUGUGCUCGAACCAGCCACGUUGGGUGCCUCGUUGCAAAUAACCGGGGAGCAAUCACGUUUUGGUCCCGACUUUGUUGGAGCUACCUUAUCGGCGGUUUGGGAACAAGCUGACUUAACAAGUUCUUGGGAAGUGUUCUUUGUCGACCCCGAAUACCGACCAAACCCCAAGGACUACUUUCCUAACGAGCAGCUAUUGCAAUACACUAUCUCGCUUAAGCAAUAGAAAAUCAACUAGC